GCUCUGGUCAAUUGUCUCCUCGGUGAGGACAAAGGUCCCACCCUUUGUUUUGGUUCGAUGAGCACCCAGCUGCUCAUGCGUGAUGAAAAAUCAAGCCACUACCCAGGAAUUCAUUCAUCCCAUUAUUCUGAAGUUAGAUGUUGAGGGAGACAAACAUACACAGGAGGCACACAGACAAUCCACCUGUGUACUAAAUACUCAGAGGGCUGCAAUUUUUGUGGAGUGUUUUGUUUAAUUAUUUUGAGGACUUUGUAGGUUUAUUAACUAGAUUAGAUUACUUUUUUAGCAAUAUCUGACAAUAUGGGUACCAGUUUUUGGAAAUGGCGGUAAACUUGGGAGUUAUAUUUUACUAAACAUUAGUCUUGUAGUCAAAAACCAGGGUAAAAACAGCCACAAACUAAGCAGCAGAUAUUUAAUAACCUGAGGCAGGACGGGAUCUGUAGCUUGGGAACCAGGAAAGAGACGCAUAAUGGACAAGUUCUUUAAACCCGUCCACAGACCUUCUUUUGAUCAGAGUAAGAAACAGAGGAACCACCAUCAUCAUCAUCAAGACACUCGUUCACAGAGGUAUACGAAGCUCGAUGACAGUGAUGGGCAUACAGACGACAGCCGGGGGCACCAUCGCCGCCACCAGUACAGUGAAUAUCUCUAUGACGGCCCCCAUCCCGAUGCCCAGUAUCCGUACCACCAAGACAUUGAGAAACUUUAUGACCACCAAACUUCUGUUACCCUCUCCAGGGCCUCUUCCUCUUCACUCUCCUCCACUUCUUCCUCCUCUUCCACUUCUUGGUACACAGAGACAAGUGCCAACGAACCCUUCUCCCUUCAGCAAGCUGAGAGGCCGCAGCAUUCCCUGUCCUGCUCCAAUAUCUCGGAUGUGCGCAGAGCUUUCAGAGAUGAUGACAGCAGCGAGCCCAUUGUCUUUGCCACUGUCAAGCACAGCAAAAAGGGCAACAUUGUCAGCAAGUUGAAUGAUGGCUCACUCCAAAGCAGAAGUAAUGAUCUCUACGACCUGAACAGAGGUCACAGUCGAAGUGAAGAAGGGCUUCUGCAGUGCAAUGAAAUAGAUGGCGGUAGAGGACGGUCCAAAGUGUCUACAAUCGACCAUGGGCCCUUGUUUAAGACAACUAGUCUGAACCGAAGCUUGGCUUUCAGUGAGGAGGACAUUGUUUUAGGGGUGCCCAGGGGUCCCAAGAGGGCAGUCUCUUCGAGUCAGUUACCCAGCAAAGGGAUACUCAAAAACAAGGAGAAUAACAAUGACAUUCGCAAGGCUAAGUCAAUGGAGAUACUUUCUCCAAGAGUCACCACGGGAGAAGGUCAAAGUGGGCAGAAAGGGAAAGGUAUCACUCAGGUUGAGAUAGAGCAAGCCCGGAUGAGAUAA